UGCAAUGCAUUCCACUGAUCAGUACUUGAGUCACAUGAAUAUGGUUCGUUGCAGGAUCAGUAGGUAUUCUGUAAUUGCUUUCGGCAGAUUGAUCGCGAUGUCGGCAUUGCCGCCUCCUGCUAAAUAUUGUUUAUUACCACAGGUUGUGCAAUGUUCAGGCUCUCUAGAGCAAGUAACAUCGAUACGAUAUAAGAGCUUGUCAGAGGCGUGCAGCAAAAGGACCAAGGACGACUCUCGAGUUUAGGGACCGCACUGAACAGCUUGUAUAUUUUCGUGUGGAAUUUGCCAUCACUAGCUCGAUGCACAGAUGCAGGAACCAAGUUCCGGCUCAGGGUUGUGCGUCUUACAGAAAACCCCGCGGUAAGACAAGGCCUCAGGAUGGUUGGUGCAGCUAUCCGCAAGAGCUUCCGAUGGAUUCAGGCGUAGUAACGUAGAUUGACGGCGAUGUAAAGCCAAACCUGCUGAUGUAAAACUUGUUGCGCAUCGCACAGGGUGUAUUCGUUGUUGCAAUGGAACAGAU